AUGGCGUCUCGGGAGGCUGCGAAGCCUUCAGUGGUCUUGUUCGGGUACGAUUCUUCGCCAUUCACGCAAAAGGCGAGAUUGGCUCUCAAGUUGAAGCAGAUCCCCUAUACAUUUGUGAUUGUCCCAUCGAUGAUGCCGCGACCACUCCUCAGAGAAUCCUUCAACUUGACAUAUCGCAAGAUACCUGUUCUUGUCAUCGGGAGGGAGAUAUACAUCGACACAUCACUCAUCCUCGAGGCACUGGAGCACUACUUCCCCUCGUCUCAAGGGUAUGGAUCACUAUAUCCCGACGCUACCGCCUCGUCGUAUCGCCCUUUAAUCCGAGGCUUCGCUUCCUACUGGACUGACCGGCCCCUUUUCCGCGUCACGACGGGCCUGAUCCCGUCGACCGUGUGGCGUACACACUUUGGAACGGACCGGGCGAACCUGAUCGGCCACACUCUCAAUGCCGACAAGCUCGAGCACAAGAUCCCCGAGAACCUCGGCGCGCUGGAUCUACAGCUGAGUCUUCUCGAACCGUUGUUUCAGACGCCCGGAACGAAGCAAUGGGUGUUUGAAGGCGACAAGCCGAGCGCCGCCGACGUGGCGCUGUGGUACCAGCUGGACUGGGGCGAGAGGAUCAGCCGAGGAGACGGCAUCGCGAAUCUGACGGGCGGUGGGACUGCGGACGGUGCCGGAGAGGGGGUCGCGAGCGUCUUCGACCCCGCGAGGUACCCUGGGGUAUUCGCUUGGUUUGAGAGGGCGAAGAGGUAUUUUGCCGAGUUACCCUCCACGGAGACGAGGGUGGAGAGCGGCGGAGACGCCAAGGGCGUAGAUCGGGUGAUUGAGCGCAUCAGAGAUACGGCACCCCUGGCACUCGACGACGAGGAAGUUCCGUUGCUGCCGACGCCGGCCGGGCCGCAUGGUUCUCUUGAUGCGAGGAACGGCUUGGUCAAAGGGGUCGAGGUGACGGUCGCCCCAGACGAUACAGGGAGGGACAGUCCGACGGCUGGGAUGUUGGUGGCGCUCACGCCCGAAGAGAUUGUGAUCGUUCCGCAGAGGAUUGACGAUGGACCUCGGGUUGGACAAGUCAGGGUUCAUUUUCCCCGUGUCGGGUUUGUGGUUAGACCCGUCAGCCGUGUGAGGUUGUGA